CGGCCGCCGUCGGCCCGGUGCCGUUGCCAUGGCGGCGGCGGGCGGGCGGUGCUGAGGUGCGCGGGAAGGCUCGGCCCGGCCCCGCCAUGGCGGACGAGCUGUACCUGGAGAACAUCGACGAGUUCGUCACCGACCAGAACCGCGUCGUGACAUAUAAAUGGCUGAGCUACACUCUGGGAGUCCAUGUCAAUCAGGCUAAACAGAUGCUGUAUGAUUAUGUGGAGAGGAAACGGAAGGAGAACUCAGGAGCUCAGCUUCAUGUCACCUACUUAGUGGCAGGAGACUUCCUUCAGAAUGGACACGUGUGCCACAAGGUUGCAGUAGUGAGGGAGGAUAAACUGGAAGCAAUGAAGUCUAAGCUGUCCACAAUUGCGAGUGUGCAUGUGUACAGCAUUCAGAAGGCCUUGCUCAAGGACAGCUCCCCACUCUACAACACUGACUAUGACAUUGUCAAAACAAACCUCCACAACUGCAGCAAGUUCAGUGCCAUCCACUGUGACGCCGCAGUCCCCAGGAUGCCGCCUGACAUUCCCAGAGCACAGACGUCCCUGCAGGGCAGUUCCCAGAGGGAAAAUGACACGGGUGCUCCCAGCGCUCCUGCAGUCAAUGGCCACGGGCCGCUGGCUGCCAAACACCCCUCGCAGCAGCACAAAGGGAUCAUGGGAAUGUUUGCAGCCAAAGCGGCUUCCAAACCCCAGGACACAAAUAAGGAGACCAAAGCAGAGGCCCCAGGUGUCUCCACAGCUAGCAGCAAACCACCAACAAAAAACAACAUCAUCAACAACUUCUUUGGGAAAGCUGCUAUGAAUAAACUCAAAGUCAACCCUGUGCCUGAGCAGCCAAAGGAGGAGAAAGAAGUAGUCAAGCCUUCAGUUGCUGUAGCAGAACCAGGGUCAUCCCCUAAUCCUGUAGUAGAGAAACCUGGGAAAAGAACAGAGUCUGCUAGAAUUCAACAAAAGGACAGAAAAAGUAAAACGAAGCACGUGGACAGGUCGGAUAACGAGGAGGAAAGAGAUCCCGAGAACGCAAAGAGAAAGAGGAAGCGAAUCAAACAACUUCAGUCUGACAGCAGUGAUGAGGAAGGUGUGCUAUCAGUCACAUGGACGUGUGAGAAAGAGGUUCCCAAAUCUCUUGUGAAAGAUAUGACGCCUUCCAAAAUCACAGGACUGGUCAUAACCAGUUUAUUUGCAGAUGUCCCACCACCUCCCACACCUGAGGAAGAGAAAGCUCCAUCUCCACCACCUGUACCUGCUCUGAAAACUGAACUGGAGCCUGCAACCAUGGAGGUGUCAGCUGGAGGGAGGAAGAGGAAGCGGAAGCGUGUGCUGAAAUCCAAGAUGUUUAUUGAUGAAGAAGAAGGCUGCAUGGUGACUGAGAAGGUGUAUGAGAGUGAAUCCUGCACAGACAGCGAGGAGGAGUUCCCCAAGCCCAAGCCGCCAGCUGUGCACAAACAGCCUGUGCUGCCCAUGAAGAAAGAACCGAAGGAAGAAAGGAAGACCCUGAAGAAAGGAGCAGCUCCUGCAAGCAGAGCCAACAAACAGGUCUCCAUCAUGGGCUUUUUCCACAAGAAAUGAACUGGAUCUUUCUCCUGGUCCUCUUGGCAGCUUGGGAGUGUAGCUCCCUGUGUUUGUGCAUCUCUCUGCAAGCAGCUGCUGCUGCUGGGGGAGGAGGACAACAUGCAACCCUGGGUUACAUAAGGGAUCCUGCUUACUGUGUAAGGAAGCCCUCUGGACUAGAUUUUGUAUUAGAGAAAAGUUUUUUUUAUUUGUUACUGCAAUAACUUCAAUCAUCUUCACUAAGCAGUGUGGGAACUGCCAGCCAGAAGCAACAUCUAGAGGAACUCUUGGAAGACUGUUAAUCUGUUCACAUAAAAUUAUAUUUUUUUAUCUGGCCUUUCACCUGUUUGUUGCUAAGUUAGGAGAUGAGCUGUGGCAUUUUUCUCCUCUCUUUUUACACCCUCAGCUCUCCAGAUUGUUCUGAACAUUCACGUUGGGUAGAAGCCGUAACGUAGCAGGUCUUCAGACACAGGCACAAAUAUUGAACAUCUGCUUCAGCUUUAACUGAAUGAAAUGAAUUUAAUUUCUCCCCUAAGACUGAUUAAUAGUUUUUGCCCUGCCUUUCAUAACCUUUUUUUGGACAAAAAGUGCAUAUAAAACCCUCUUACUCUUUUCUUCCUUGAAUGUAUCCCCUGUAAGCUGCUCAGAUGCCUAAUUAUAGACCAGGACACUGUUGGUGCUCUGGCUUGACAAAAACAGCUUUGAGACUUCCCACCCAAUUGGCUGCAGAGGAAUUGGAGGAAGGCUUUGCUGUUGUUGGGAAAGCAACUGGAUCUUUAACCUUGAAGGCUGAUGAGUGAGAGGGGAGAGUGAUUAGAGGGCACUGCUGGUAAUGCCAGGCAGGCACCUGCUGCAUUUUGGGGUUGGUAGGUUUUGGGUUGCCUGAAGUGGUUUUUACAGGCAUAACCCAGACAAGAGAAGAGUUUUCUGGGACACCUCAUCAUCUGCCUGCUGAAGGCAGUGUGUCACAGCACAUGGUCCUGAGGAACCUGGUUAAUGGAGAGGAGUAAAUCACCACGGGCCUGUAAAUCAGAAAAGAGCUGUUGUUUUGGGUGCCUCCUGCUUUUCUGGUGCUUCAGUUGAUAGACAGAUGUAAAAAAACAGAUUUUCCCGAGGGAUUGAUGCUGAGCAUUUCUGAAGCUUGGGCCAGUGAGUGCUCCCAAACCAAUGUCCAACCAGUGGUUGGUUGAGUGGUGUGAGCCUGACAUAUGUAUGGAUAUGGAUGUACACGCUGGUUUAUAAAGGGUUUGUGGUUGGCAGAGAGAUAUAAAGUGGAGACUGUGACCAUGGAACAAAUGCCACCCAGCUGAAAAUGUCCAGACCUGUGGCCAGUAAAAGGGCCAACUGAGUGUGUUUACAGUCAUUCUGCCCUGGAGAUCGGGUUGGGGACUCGGAAAAUCCCAGCACACACCGGUUGUGACCAGUUGGCUGGAUUGAAGUGAUGUUGCCCAAGGCAGUUUGUACCCCCAAGAGGUGUGAGAGGAUCCCCUGCAAACCAGUGGCAUCGCUGGGUUUGUGCCCCUGUGGUGUCCCAGGGAAAGAAAAACCAAAAAGUUAACUAUUAGAAGAAAAACCCACCCUGCUGUAGUGUUUUUGUUUAUCUUGAUAGAGUAGAGGGUGUAUUUUCAAAGGUAACAAUAAGUAAAAAAUCCCAUUAAACACAGGUAUUUUUUUC